CUAAUAAAACCUAUCAUUUGUCCCAAUUGCAGCCCACUCUGCGAUUUUCUGGCGAUUCCAAAUCCACCUGCUUGUGACUCGUGAGUCGUGACUCGCGAGGUUCACUCGCUCCCUCUCUCACUCUCUCUCUCCGGCAAACCACCUCCGAGCUUCCCCCACAAACCCUAAUUUUCCCAAUCCCCAAUUUUCCCCAAAUCCCUCCGAUUCUGUAACCCCACCUUUCAAUUCAACCUUCCCGCCGCCGAUUCACCGUCGUCAACCUCCGCAAUGGCAUUUAUCGCCUGCUAGGGUUUCCUAGAUCGAUCCGGUCACUCUUCGACAGCGCACUGCACUCCUACCUCACCAACCUAAUCAAAUUCGUACUUAUGGCUAUCCGCGUAACCCUCAGCUUCUCCGGCUACGUGGCCCAAAACCUAGCAUCCUCGGCAAGCCUCCGCGCGGGGAACUGCCGAGGAUUUCAGGAAUGCUGGGUUCGGUCUCGGGUAUUCGGAUCCAACCAGAAGCCCGAUCUCGACCCCUCCGUCCCCGUCCGCAAUUACCAGACCCAAUUCUCCCGCUCGAAGCCUUCAUCGGCUGCCGUUAAGCCCUUGCCGUCGUUGUACACCGCUCUCGCCGAGGAGAUUCUGGGCGAGAGCUGCAAGAGCCCGAUCGUGCUGGGCUUGAUCUCGCUUCUGAAGUCAACGGCUAUCGCCACCGGCGUCUCUUUUGCUCCGGCCUCAUUGGGGAUUUCGCCGUUUAAAUCCGGUUCGGUCAUGCCCUUUUUACAGGUCUCAAAGUGGUUGCCCUGCAACGAGUCCGUCCCGGUGUCGAUAAUGAAGGAAGUGGAUAAAGGUGGAACGUUGUGUGUCGAUGAGGUUGCAGAAGCCUCGCAGCUGGCUAAGAAAGACUUGGGCAGGACUGGGUUUUUGUCGCGGUUGUUGAAUUGUUGCUCGGAGGACGCUAAGGCUGUGUUCACUGCUGUUACAGUCAGUGUAUUGUUUAAGUCCUUCUUGGCUGAGCCCCGAUCAAUUCCCUCCGCUUCAAUGUACCCUACUCUCGAUGUCGGUGAUCGCGUUUUGACGGAGAAGGUUUCAUAUUUCUUUAAAAAGCCCGAGGUUUCAGAUAUAGUAAUUUUCAAGGCACCUCCAAUCUUACAGGAAAUCGGUUAUAACUCAACCGAUGUAUUCAUCAAAAGAAUUGUAGCUAAGGCUGGAGAUUGUGUUGAGGUCCGCGAUGGGAAAUUGCUGAUCAAUGGUCUUGUUCAGAAUGAAAAUUACAUAUUGGAGCCGCUCGAUUAUGAAAUGGAUCCAGUGCUUAUUCCAGAAGGCUCUGUCUUCGUAAUGGGAGAUAAUCGCAACAACAGCUUUGACUCUCAUAAUUGGGGCCCACUUCCUGUAAAAAACAUUCUUGGCAGAUCAGUAUUUCGCUAUUGGCCUCCCUCCAAGGUGUCCAACACCAUGUUUGAACCACAAGGACCAAGUAACGCCGUUGCGAUUUCUUGACCAGUUGCCCUGUGUUUGCAGGAAGGAGUACCUCAAAAUACAUUCUUAUUCACUUUAUCAAGAUAGUGAAUUUAUUUUCACCACUCUUUUGGCUCGUUUUCGAGCACUUUGAACAUGCUUCGGAUGGAUUAACUUAUCCAUCAGUCUCUGAAUCUUGUAUGAAAUUUAAUCUUACUCUAAACAAGAGUGGCGAGGAAAAGAAAGAAAGGUGGAGCUAAAGUUUCCAUUUUGUA